GCUGUGGCAUGGGGUUAUCCCCACGGGGAAGCUCCAGGUGGUCCCGUACAAGCAGGGGAUGGACCAGGCGACCUCCAGAGGUCCCUUCCAGCCUCAUCUCUUCUGUGAUUCCGUGGUUUUGGAUAACACGGGGAUGUUCCAGAAAGCCCUCCUGGGCACCUUGCCCAAAUAUUUUGGCAUUCACAGCCUCGGAGGCUCAGCUAAGCGAGCCGUGGUGAUGCUGAGAGAAACAGAAACAUCCACCCCUCGGCUACCGUGGGUGGAGGAGCCCCUCCAUGGCAAAUACCACGCAGGGUAACACGCCACCAGCUGCCGUUCCCAGCCUGGCUGCGUGCAGCCACCAUCCUCAGCGAGCCAGCCAGGGCUGGGGACCACCAAAUCCGCAUCUCAGCCACAUCCCAGCCGCAAAAAGCGCAGCGAGUGCUGGCUCAGCAGGACACACACCCUCUCCCUCCAGCCCCUUGCCGUGUCCUUGAGCACUCCUUCUGCCCAGCUGCUCCCUGGCAGCGCUCCUAUCUCCAGGUGCCGCCCCCCAGGCCGCCCAUAAAGGCGCGAGGGGACGCCACGGGGUGCCUGUCCCCGAGCCAUGCUGCAGGCCACCGUCAAGCUGUGCUGCGGCAUCGCCCACGACCACCUCCGCAGGCUGCCCGGCCUGAAGCUAACAGCCGUGGCAGCGAUACAGAGGGACGUGAGAGGGCUGGUGCUGAGAGGCUCCCACCACCUGCCCCCCGAAAUCCCUGCUUAUAUCCAGAGGCUCGUGGGGAAGGACGCUGCCAGGUGCGCAGAGCCCGGAGGAGACAUCAGCACCUGCCAGUUCUCCAGCACAGAUCUCUCCUACAUCCAGCAAGGAGAACGAGCCCUGCAGCGAGCGCUGAGCAUCCUGCAGCACCCCCCGAGCUGGCAGGCAGAGCCCAUGCUGGACGCCGGGGCCGCCGUGUCCAGCGCCGUGCUGCCGGGGCUGGGCAGGGUGUUUCGGGUAGAGGCAGUCCUGGCCGCACCGCUGGGCUGGCUGCACCGCCAGCUCUUCGAGGAGCUGGAGCAGAUGCCCUGCUGGAACCCCACCCUGAGCCGCGUGGAGGUGCUGCAGCGCCCGGGUGAGGACACGCUGGUGACACACGAGGUGACCAGCGCCAGCCCCGUGGGCCGCAGGGACUUUGUGAGCGUGCGGCACCGCCGGCGGACGCAGGCGGCCGUCUACCUGGUGGGCACCGCCACGCGCCUCGAGCGGCUGCCGGCACAGGAGGGCUGCAUCAGGGCUGAGACGCGGCUGAGCUGCAUCGCGCUGCAACCGCUGGCGGGGGACCCUGGCUGCACCCGCGUCACCUGGCUGCUCAGCGUGGACCUCAAGGGCUGGAUCCCCUCUGCUGUCACCGACCGCGUCCUGCCGCGGUGCCAAGCUGACUUCAUCGGGCACCUCCGCCGGCACCUCUCGGCCACCACACGGCCGUGACCCCCACAUCGCCCCGAGGGCACCCCAGACCAGCACCCCAUCUUUAUUUAUUUGGAACAGCUCCGCUCUGUAUUUAUACGUGUGUAUAUAUGUACAUAGGGAUAGGAUUUUCCCCUCCUGUGCCACCCGGAGCACGCGCAGCCGGAGCAGGGAUCACCGAAAGCGCUGCAAAAAACACGGCGUGGAGGAGCAAAGCUGCACAGCCCCUGCUGGGGGUCACGAAAUGUUAGGCAGCCCUUUCAGGGUGCUUGUAAUUUAUACGUCCAGCUGGUUUUCUGUCUUAUUUAUUGGGGAAAAAAAACGCUGUUGAAACAGCUAGGUGAAACUGGCUGAUAAAUAGGAGUUAAAUAAAACAAAGAGCUGGUUUCUGACCCCGUGAGACUCAUUUCAACCACAUGCAGGUCGCACGCUCAUAAAUUAUUCCCCCACCUACACCCCAAGUAAAUCAACAGAAACAGAGAGUGGUGUGCAUUUUUCUCUUCUUUUUCUUUUUUUUUUUUAAACAUUAUGUUAGAGUUCCAAAAAAAAAAAAAAAAAAAAA